AUGAGGUUCGUGGUGUUUGCAGCGAUUUGUGGGUUGCUGCUGGUUAUAAGUAUAGUCUGGUGCUUGAAGGAAGGAAUAUGCCUUACUGUCGAGAAUAAUGACGUCAUUGAGGACCACGAUAGUUUGAAUGAAACAGACAUUGGUCCUUACGCAGAAGGUCGCAUUGAGGACCACGAUAGUUUAAAUGAAACAGACAUUGGUCCUUACGCAGAAGGUCGCAUUGAGGACCACGAUAGUUUAAAUGAAACAGACAUUAAUCCUUACGCAGAAGGUCGCAUUGAGGACCACGAUAGUUUGAAUGAAACAGACAUUGGUCCUUACGCAGAAGGUCGCAUUGGGGACCACGAUAGCUUUAAUGAAACAGACAUUGGUCCUUACGCAGAAGGUCGCAUUGAGGACCACGAUAGUUUGAAUGAAACAGACAUUGGUCCUUACGCAGACGGUCGCAUUGAGGACCACGAUAGUUUGAAUGAAACAGACAUUGGUCCUUACGCAGAAGGUCGCAUUGAGGACCGCGAUAGUUUGAAUGAAACAGACAUUGGUCCUUACGCAGAAGGUCGCAUUGAGGACCACGAUAGUUUGAAUGAAACAGACGAGAAAGGUCUUGUAGAGGACUGCGUGUCUCGAUGCGAGACUGGUGCUUUUGGCUCUUCAAAACCUGCUGCUUACGAGCAAUGGGCGCUGAAUGAAACUUACAUAGAGCGAGGUGGUUCUGACAGCGUCAUCGGGGAGAAUGUGUGUGACGCAACCUGCUACAAUUUAACUGAUAUUACCUCUGUGGUGGAAGGUACCCUUGCAAACAUACAUGACCAUUAUAACCCUGACUAG